GGUAGAGCUCAAAGGCGGAACAACGUUGUAUAUCUCCCCUGUUCGAAGUCGACGUUCGUAGUCUUCACUUGGACGUCGUGAAAGGUGGCUGUGGUGUUUUGAACUGUACUGAACAUGUCGGACGAGGGUAAAUUAUUCGUCGGAGGACUGAGCUUCGAGACGACCGAGGAUUCGCUCUCCAAUGCCUUCAGCAGAUUCGGAAGCAUCGACAAAGUCGAUGUGAUCAGAGACAAAGAGACAGGGAGAUCUCGUGGCUUUGGCUUUGUGAAGUACGAUAAUCCUGAAGAUGCAAAAGACGCUAUGGCGGAGAUGAAUGGCAGUACUGUGGAUGGCAGGGCUAUUCGGGUGGAUGAAGCAGGAAAGGGUCCACCCAGAAAAGGUCUCCAGACGGGCUCACGUGGUGGUCGUUUCGGGGGAUCCCGGGGGAGAGGCCGUGGUUACUCACGCGGUGAGGACCAAAAUGGUGAAGUGCCCAUUUAUUACAUUUUAACAUCGUUAUACCGUUGUACUUAUUUGGCUUUUGUUUUCCAAACUGCAGACUAUGAAGGGGGUGGAUACUAUGCAGACAGGGGAUACCGUGACAGGAGUUAUGGCGACCGCAGCUUCGGAGGCGGAGACAGGAGCUACAGUGGUGGCAGCAGCGGUGGUGGAGGAGGAUACAGGAGUGGGGGAUACUCCAAUAGCUACAGAGAUAGGGGUCAGGGUGGAUACGGUGAUCGCUCUGGAUCCUACCGUGAAGGAUAUGACAGCUAUGCUUCAAACGAGUAAACAUCACCCUGAUUCAAGAUCAUCACUUGGCUGGCCGUAUUUCAAAGAUGCGAUCCUCAAGAAAAAUGUCCACGUGUUAUUGCUGACCUUAGUUCUGUCGUUCUGUUGUAGUAGCUCAAACAUCUUAAAAUAUGUAGCCUUUAGUUUUUGGUCAUUCCUUAAAACAUAAGAUCAUUUUCAACAAAAGACUUUGACCUUGCUCGAUUAGGCAUCUAUAUUCCUCUAAAAGGCCGUUGACCUAAAAAGCAUUUCUGCAAUCUAAUAAGUACUGUUACUCCAUUACAAGUCCCAAUUUUGGAUUAAACUGCUCCCCUCUAUGUGGCUUUUUGUUGAAUGGCCACUAAAGUUGCUCCCGACUAAGUGUUCCCUCAUUUGAUUUAUUUAGUAUUUGGGUUCUUUUUUUAUAUCUAAUGGGGCUUUGCUUUUGUACUUUUUUUUUUUUUGUAUUUUGUUUCCUCAUUUCUCCUGCCAGGUUCUAAACAGGGUGAGAUAAGAGGAUCCCCUUACUAGAGGAAAGACUUAGGGGAUUUUAUGCUAAAUUGCUUAGCCUCAAACUUAGUUUAGCUGAGGCUCCUGUUUGUUCAAUUUUCCAAAAAGAGUGAAUUCCUUUCAGACUGGUGAACUACACCUCCGAAGUGGCCGGCUGUUCAUGAAGUUGCAAAUUGCAGCAUGCUACAGUCUGUCCAAGGUAUCUUCUGUGCUCAACAUCUGCAUUUUAAAUGUGCUGUAAAAUUGACUAAUCUUGUUUAAGUGAUCGAAAAGUGUACCUUCGUUUCCCCAAAAUAUCUCAACCGGGAACAGUUUUGUACUUUUUGUUCUUUGUAUGAUCAACAGUUUCUUUUCUUUGUCAGUUUGGCUUCAUGGAGCCUAUUAAACAGACUGUGGAAAAUAA